AUGUUUGCUCCAAGAUCUUCAAGGCCCACUACUGUUGCUAUUUAUCCAUCAAAAAGUGGUGGGCUCCGCCGAAAAAGGAAAGGCGAAAAUGUAACACCUGCCAUUGAACUUGAGCGCAUACUUGGGUUAACAGCUUCAAAAUCAACAGCAAUAUCAACAGCACCUACACAUGAUCUUAUAGCUUAUGCGGCCGGCUCUGUCGUUGUAUUGUAUAAUCACAAGAAAAACAAACAAGUUGGCUUUUUACACGCAUCGUCGGCAGUGACUUCUGCUCCAUCUCCAAACCCUGCAAAUUCUGCCGCUUUUCCUAAUAAUCGGCAUACUAUUGUUGGAGAUCCUAUGAUGAAUCCUCUGAGUGCUUUGGGGUUAUUAGAGCCACCGGGCACGAACGCAGGUGGAAAUGCUUCUUCUAAGAAGCCUGCAGUGAGCAAUAAGGCAAAGCCAAUAUCGUGCCUUGCCUUUUCUCCUGAUGGUAAUUACUUAGCUGUCGGAGAGACUGGUCAUCAGCCUCGUAUAUUAAUAUGGGAUGUGUCAACAAAGACUCUAGUUAACGAACUUAAAGGUCAUAAAUAUGGUGUAUUGGCAUUAGAAUUUUCUCCAAAUAUGAAAUGGAUUGUCUCUUUGGGUUUUCAACAUGACGGUUAUCUAAAUGUUUGGAAUUUGAAAACUGGAGCAAAAGUCGCGUGUAACAAAAUCACUACCAAGGUCCACACUUUAGCAUUUAAUAGGACUGGUUCUUUUUUUGUAACGGCUGGCUUGAGACAUGUGAAAUUCUGGUAUUUUGAUUCUAAUGGAAAUUUACCAAAAAAAGCUGCGGGACAAUCAAUACAAAAAACUGCGCAAGUACUUGAUGGGCGAUCUGGUAUUCUGGGCGAUUUAAGAGAUAACAAUUUUCUCGACGCUGCAUGUUGUCAGAAAUCAGAUCACACUUAUUUUGUAACUUCAAAUGGAUUGUUAUGUAUGUUCACAGAAGGUAGAUUAAUGGACAAAUGGGUUAAUUUGCAGGUCAAAAGCGCCUAUUCUAUCGAUGUGAGCCAACAAUAUAUCAUAUGUGCCUGUUCAAACGGAAUUGUCAGGUUAUUUGAACCAAUAACACUAAAUUAUCUGGGUACUUUACCAAAACCACAUCCUUUGGGUGUGGAUUUAACCCUACAGACAGGAUCAACAUAUCAUGGAACUGGCGAUCCGAAUGAAACAUAUCCGGAUACAACAGCUAUAAAAUUUGAUGCGGAAGCAGGAAAACUUACAUGUAUAUAUAGUGAUCGUAGUCUUUUUAUAUGGGAUAUAAAAGACAUAAAAAAAAUUGGAAAAUAUAGAAGCUUUCUAUACCAUUGUGAUACUAUUUGGGGUGUAGAGAUGAUACCACCUCGCGAUACUGCGGAUGACGCGUCUCCGUUUCCAGAAAAUACUUUCAUCACUUAUUCCGCUGAUAGUACUAUCAGAUUUUGGAAUUUUGACGGAUCUGUUAACACGACUGGUUCAAGCGUUGCUUCUGCAGGAAGUAACAACACCACUUUAAAAAGAAACAUUUAUAGCAAAGAAUGUAUGAAGAUUAUUUAUGUGGAUCCAGACGGAAAAUAUCGCUCAAGCGCUUUGGAAACAAAAAAUGAUAAAUCUGAUUCCACAGAACAGCUUAGUUCUUCUACGCUCGUGGAAUCAGGAAUCCGUACUCUAAAAGUCAGUCCUGAUGGAAAACUGAUGGCAUCUGGAGAUCGUGGUGGAAAUUUAAGGAUACAUGAUCUUGAUACUUUUAAAGAGAUUACAUAUCAGGAAGCACAUGAUGCAGAGAUCUUGACAAUUGAAUUUACUGACAAACGAAUGCCUGGCGCGCCAAACUUAAUUGCUACUGCAAGUCGUGACAGAAUCUUACACGUUUUUGAUGUUAAUAAUAAUUUUCAAUUGGUUCAAACUUUGGACGACCAUUCUUCAUCUAUAACUGCCAUAAAGUUCACUAAUGAUGGUGGAAAGUUGAUCAGUUGUGGUGCAGAUAAGAGUAUCAUAUUCAGAAGUCGACAAAAUUCGGGUGAUUCCCCAUGUUAUGUGCCAUACCAUAAUAUUUCUGGAAGAGCAACCGUAUUUGAUAUGGACAUUGAUAUAUCAAAUCGGUACAUAGCCACAGUAUCAGGAGAGCGUAGACUAAACGUUUAUCAUAUUGAUACGGGUAAAAAUGUGCGUUCAUACAAAUCAGAUACACCCGAAGAAGUCAAUACUGCAGAUCAAGGAAGCUUACUCAGAAUUUCUUUAGACCCUGGCGGCGUACAUGCUGUAACUGGUGGGUCAGAUAAAAGUAUUCGACUUUUUGAUUUCACUAAUGGUUCGAUAUUGGGCAAAGUACUUGGCCAUUCAGAAUUAAUUACUGGAGUAAAGUUUACUUCUGACUGUGAACGCGUUAUUUCAACCUCUGCGGAUGGCUGUAUAUUUGUGUGGAAAAUAUCGGAUGAAUUGGUUUCAAAAAUGCGACAAAAAUGGUUGGAUAGAAGUGGAGUUAGUGGCCUGCUUGAAAAGACAUCACCUAUUAUGAGAGAUUAUCCUUCAUCACAAUCGUCAACACCACCACCAAUUCAACCUAGAACUAUUAUGCCAGCACAAAAAUCACAAUCACUUAUGGUGGAUCUUCAACAAUCAUCAAAUGAUGAUGGUAGUGGGCAAGAAUUAGGUUUUUCUGUUCGCCGAGCAACAAAUAAUCUAAAAAUCAAGAAAUCUUAUUCAUCACUCUCUGCAAUGGAGCAUCAAAAUGAAGACAACGCGAAAAAAUUUGUCGUUAAAAGACCUGUAUCAUUUGCUAAUGAUGGAUCAUCACAGUCGAAAUCUACUCAAUCAGCCACAGCGACUAGAUUAUCGUUAGAUCAAAGUAAGCUGCCUACGGCUACAUCAUCGUCACCUAGUAAUCCGAUGGGGUUAUCUACACCACCAAACACCCCAACUCCUUCAAAUUCAGCAAGGAGAGAAUCUUGGAAGAUUGGUCUACCUAGUUGGGCAAAAAAGGCUUUCAAAGAAAAGGAAGAAGAAAAACGUCUCAAAGAUAAUGCUUCAAAUAGCAACAACACUAAUAUACCUACUGUUACAUUUUCCACUAGCCAAGUACAGGAUAAUAGUAGCUCACUUAAUGCGGAAAAGAAGCUACCAGCAAUUCCAAAGCCUUUAAACAGGAGCAAAUCGCAAAGCAAAUUACGUCAGGAUGCAACAAAAUCAUUAUUGGGUAUAGAACCUGAAAAAAAAGAAUCAAAACCUGUAGAUGAUCGUACAUCAUCUAAUGAAGCAUUCUCAUUGACCCAGCCAACAAAUAUUCCUACAUUAGAAGAAAUCAUUGCAGAUGAUUCUUGUAAUGAAGACAAUGAAACUAUAUACGUCGAAUCUCCAGAUGAAUUGGAAGGGGCGGAUGAUAAUGGAAAUAUAUCAUCUAAGAAACGUCGGAGUAGUUUUAAUGGAAGUAUUAAAAUUGUGGAAUUUGGUGGUGAUCGUCCAAAGUCAUCAUCUGGAAGUGAAAAAGAUAAUGAUGUUGAUUCUAGUGCCUUGGAAAAUGACAAUGAAGAAAAUGACGAGGAGGAGGAUACAGAGAGUGCAGAAGAAAAUGGUCAAAAAUUAGAAGAUUUCUUACAUAUUGACACGAAUCACGUAACAAAUGAAAAUGGGCAUGCCAGUGUAGAAAAUGAAGGCAAUUCGACUUUGGACAAUAAUGCAAAAAAGAGGCAAAGCUUGACCAUGAAAUUCUAUACGGGAAGUCAACGAAAUUCCAAUGAUUCAAGUGGCCAAAAUAGUUUGAUCGAUGCACUGACCAAAAUUAUAGGUAAUCAAGAAUUAGUCAUAAGAGAGGAUGAGAGUGGCAUUGUGGGAGCUUUAGAAGCUUUGGAAAAAAAGUCCAAAGAGAUUGAGAAUUAUGAAAAUGAAUCCCACGCUGACGGUCUUGGCAUUUCGAUUUCUAAAGGAUGCCAAAAUAACAAUGAUAACGAACUUGAUGCUAAUGUAACCAACCGACCAAGUAUAGAUGAAAUUAAUGAAGAUAGCAUUAUGGAAGAUGUGCUAACUAUGACAGUACUUUUAGAACGAACUCUUUUAGCAUACAAAAAAGUAUCUUCGCCUUCCUCAAAAAACGAAAGUAUGGCAAAAUUGAUUUCUGAAAGCUUGAAUGGGAUGAUGGAUGAUAUACAUAAGAGUCUUGAAGUAUAUGAAGAACCAACAAAUAAUCAUGUAGCCGAGUCUACAAAAAGCCGGAUCAAUGUUCCGGAAAUUGUUGAACCUGGACAUGAUACAUAUCGUGAUGAAAAGGAUAUAGGAUCCAACACGCAAAAUCUUUUAGAAAAAUAUUCUGACCUAUUAGUAAAAAUGGUUGAAGAGAAAAUGGUCGCAAAAACCAAAGUAAAUGUGGACGAAUCAACAAGUUAUACAUCAUCCAGUAUUAAUGAUAACACAUUAACGGUGGGUACACCUGCUGUUAACGGAAAGCAUACCAAACCAACUAAAAGCGGAAUGAUACCAGUUAUUCGAACUAAG